AUGACAAAUAGUAUCAUGAAACAAGAUGAAUUUUGUAUUACAAGUAUAUUUCUGACUUCUAUUAUCGUUGAACGAUAUUUAUCAAUAUGUCAUCCGUUUAGAAGAAUUUUACGAUUUUCACAGUAUGAUACUGGACAUCCGUGUAAUCGUACUUCAUAUAUGCAUAAUGUCAAUAGUAAAGCAUCUCACAGUAGUGAAAGAAUAUCAAAAGUAAUGAAUUCACAGAUGAGAAACAGUACACAAAUACAUUGUUCAAAUGGUCAGCCACAUUAUAAACGCGGCCAUACACCGUAUAUGGUGCAAAUCAAUGCUCUUAAAUCAUGCUUUCUAUUAAUUUUCUGUGUUUGGAUUAUUGGCAGUUGUUGUGCUGUAGUAAUCGCUGGAUUAUCAAAAGUAUUUUAUGCUGUCAAUUUACCUACUAUUGGCACAUUUAUAAAUAAUACGUGUACUAAUCAUUAUCACACUGCAGUGAUUCAAUUUUAUUUGACAUCUGACUGUUUAUUAAACAGUGAGAUGUGGACACCAGGUGAAGCUUUACCCGACUCAGCAGUAUGUGCACCGUCUAAUGAUUCAAAAUGGGCUGCAUAUCUCAGUAUUCCAGUCGUUUUACAAUUAUGGACAUUUUUAUUCUUUUUUACUCCAAUGGUUAUUAUGUCUGUUUUGUAUGGAUUAAUGGCGAUGCAAUUAAGUCAUUCAAAUCUUGGUCUUCGUGCACAGAGUAAGUCCAAACACGGAAAGGCUCAAUCAUCUUCAUGCAGCAUAUCCAAAACUCGUUCAUCAGGAAAUUGUCGAAGAGGUAUUGUUAGAAUGCUAGGUAAAUCUUUCAGAAAUUACAUAUGUAGUAUCAUUUUAGACUAA